UUCUUUUUUUUUAAUUUUUUCCCUUCAAUUUAGACAGACAACCGUCUUCCACUCAGUCUUCUUCUCCUUCUUACACCUCCUUAUCCGAUGCUUGUUUUGUGGAACAACCCGGCUAUGUGCUCGAAGGCAUGGCAUUGGCAGCCCGACAACAAGUUAGUCCCCAACUGUGCAAAUGCUUAUGCGCUAUAGCUGAAUGGAAACAAUUGUUGGAGGGGAAUGAAUCGAAGAAUGAAGGAGGCUGCAAAUCUUCUCAAUAUUAUAAAAAUUCGGGAACGUGUCUAAUUUCUGGAGAAAAUAGAGUUUCUGCUCCAGAACGCUUCAGUUUUGAUGAAAAUAGCAGUGGGCAGAAUGGAGAACAACAAAGCAGCUAUUUGGAUUUUCGGUGUGGGGUUGACAAAAAGGCACUUUUUGAAUAUAUCCAAAUUAAUUGUCCAAAAGAAUUGUCAAAAGGAAGAAAUUCCACAAUUACAACUCCAACAACAACAAAUACAACAACGGAAGGAACAACAAUUACAACAAAAACUGAACUAAAAGAAGAAGAACAACAGCAACAUAAAAAUUUAAAAAAGAAGAAAAAUAAAAAUAAAAAGAAUAAAAAAAUUGAUUCUAAAAAGUCUUUAAAAAAUAUUGAGGAUUGGGAUCCUUCAACAACAACAGCAACAAUAGCAGCAACUACAAAUUUGAAUGAAGAAAAGGAGGAAGAGGAUGGUGACAAACAACUUGAAACAAAGACAGCAAUACCUAGUAUUGAAAAACCAACCGAACUAGAAGAAAUUGGAGAAAAUUGGAAAACAGUAAAUGUUGAGGGUGAAGAAAAGCGUAAAAACAAAGUUAAUCAAGGGGGAGAUGAAAAGGAAGAAGCGGACGAAGAAGAAAAAAAUGAAGAAAAAGGAAGAGGAACAACUUCUAUAAAAGUUACAGCAGCACAAGCUGACCCGCCUAGAGAAGAAGAAUUACAUAAUAAAAAUGAAAAUAGUGGUAGCAGUACAACAGUUGAUACGAGUAAUGAUAGUGUGAUAGCAACAACAAUAACUAGCACUUCAAUAACGGAAACAAUAGCAGCAUCUACUACACCAACAGCAACAACAACGGUCAAUAAUAAUUCGUUUUUAAUUAAUUCAACCUUAACAAUAUUAAAUAACAUAACAGAAACAACAGAAUUCAAUGCAACCUUAAAUUAUACUGAAGGGGGAACAAGAGAAAGUUUAUUAAACGGAAAUUUAUUUGAAUAUCCGGCAGUGGGGCAAUGCCGUUUUUCUGCUUUGUAUCAAACUGUGUUUAAUGGUGCUAGACUGUUGAAACGAUUAUUGGUUGAUACUCCAUCCCAAUGCUUAGCUGCUUGUCAUUAUGAAAGUUGUCGUUCAGCAAAUUUAAUUCAAAUGGAGGAUAAGGUAGUUAGAAAAAGAUUUAGCCUGAUUAAUAAAAAAAUUUUUUCAGCAAAAAAUAUGUGA